CCACCACCACCUAUUUAGUAGCCUACCAUAACAACAAAAAAAUUAUAACGUUACAAUCCCUUUUAUCAAUUUUCAAAACCAAGAUGUUGAAUCGCUUUCCCAUGUCAUCACUACCCGUUAUGCCAUAGCUCCUAUCAAGCUGGUGAGCGUACUAAACGACACCGCUUUGGGGAGGUCUUACCAACUCGAUUGCUUUUCCUCUCUACCCUUUCCCAAAUUUGAAUUCCCAAUUUUUUCAAAAUCAAAAGUAAAUACUAACAAAAAGCAAAAAUAUCAAAAAAAACAAAGAAAAAUCAUUUUGAAGUGCACAGAUAUCAAUCGUCUCUCUCCCUCUCUCUCUGUGAGAAAGCUUUCUGAUUAAGCUUUCGUCGUCUCCUCCAUUGCAAAAUCUAGCUCGAUCUGUGAAGGUUUCUCUGAGUUCUUCAAAAAUCUCUUCUAGAGAAAGACUUCAUUAGCUCAAUUUUAGCAACUUCCUCCACCUCCUUUUACUCACACUGUGCUUCGAUUUCAACUUCGCAUUUCACAAUGAUCCCCAACGGAGAAUUGAGAUUACCUGCUCUCAAGGUCCGUGAAGACCGCGUGUCACCCUCAGCUCCUAUUCCGGUCACCAGAACCCUAGUGGCUGAUACUGACGUCACUUCCGAUGACGAUAUGAGUACAAAUUCCGAGGAUGUCUCUCUCGAUUCGUCUCCCGAGAACAGUAGAGUGUCCAGUGCCGUUGGUCGCAGCUACGGGAGAAAUUCUUCUUAUUAUACUUACUCCGAGGUGAGCUCAUCAAGAGAGACUUUGGUCGGUGCGCGCGAACAGACGGGACCUAGAUUUGAUGGUGAUACGGAGGAAGAUGAAUCCACCGAUUCAGCUUCUAGCACGCAAUUUUCUCCGCCGCCGGCAGCUGGGAGGAUUAACGACGGCGUAUCUCAGGUGGAACAAACUCACUUCCCUAAGACGGACAGGCGAGCAACUGUCGAGAAGUUCAUAUUGCAGGAGUUUGAUGAGACGUUUUCUUCUGAAGAAGUAAGCGAUAUUCCCAGUGCCCCUCCAUUUUCCGGGGCAGCAGAGGAAUCUGAAGAAAUUAAACCAGCAACUUCAAGCGUUCAAGUUUCAGAAGUCAAAACAGGAGAUUGUGUAGAAAGUAGAAAGACUGGCCACUUUACUAGACCUAGUGCAGCUUCUGAGUCAUCUGGGCCACCUGAUCAACAUCCAGCUCGGCUUCCUACUUUUCAUGCAAGUUCUCGUGGGCCAUGGCAUGCUGUGGUUUCCUAUGAUGCAUGUGUACGACUUUGUCUGCAUGCGUGGUCAACCGGUUGCAUGGAGGCUCCCAUGUUUUUGGAAAAUGAGUGUGCUCUUCUACGAGAAGCAUUUGGGUUGCAGCAACUCCUUUUGCAAUCAGAGGAAGAGCUUCUGGCAAAGCGAUCUUCACAAGCUCCGCACGAAGGAGUUGCACCAAAACCCAAGAAAAACAUUGGCAAAAUGAAGGUGCAAGUACGACGUGUUAAAACAGUUAUGGAUGGUCCAACCGGCUGUAGUAUAUCAUCUUUGAAACCAUCGUUGAUAAAGUUUGAGAAAAUCCGGAUUCACUUUUCCAAUAUGUCAACACGCUUAUUUUCUGGAUGGCGGGCUCUAAGGAAGAUCCAUGUCCGUGUACCAGCCAAUGGUUCUUCUCUUCCUCGUCAAAGUCUGGCAUAUGUUCAUGCCAGUACACAGUACUUAAAACAAGUUUCUGGUCUCCUGAAAACCGGUGUCACAAGUCUACGUAAUAAUUCAACAUCUUAUGAUAUUGUACAAGAAACAUACUCGUGUAAGUUAAGAUUGAAAAGCUUAGCUGAAGAUAACGCCAUUAUGAUGCAACCCGGAUCUGGUGAAAGCCAUGUUUUCUUUCCUGAUAGUCAUGGAGAUGAUCUGAUUGUUGAGAUCCUGGAUCCAAUGGGGAAGGAUUUUGGGCGUGUACUUGUGCAACUAGCUAAUAUUUCUGAAGAUUCGGCUGAGAAACUUCGCUGGUGGUCUGUUUUUCGUGAGCCAGAACAUCAACAUGUGGGAAAACUCCAGCUCUAUAUUGACUAUUCAGCAAGUUUUGAUGAUAACAGCCAUUUGAAGUGUGCUUCUGUUGCGGAAACAGUCGCAUAUGACCUAGUCCUGGAAGUGGCCUUGAAAAUGCAGCGAUUUCAGCAAAGAAACUUGUUGUUAUAUGGUUCAUGGAAAUGGCUUUUGGAAGAAUUUGCCACCUACUAUGGGAUUUCAGAUGUCUACACCAAGCUCAGAUACUUGUCCUAUGUAAUGGAUGUCGCUACACCGACUUCCGACUGUCUCCAUUUGGUACAUGACUUGUUAACACCUGUCAUCAUGAAGGGAAAUGGCAAGAGCGCCUUGAGUCAUCAAGAGAAUCGGAUCUUGAAUGAAAUCAAGGACCAGAUCGAGCAGAUUCUAAAACUGGUCUUUGAGAAUUACAAAUCUCUUGACGAGUCGUCAUUUUCUGGAAUGAUUGAUGUGGUCAAUUCUGCGUCAGGUGUUCCAGCGCCAGCACUCAUUCCUGCUGUGAAAUUGUACACGCUUCUGCACGAUGUCUUAUCACCCGAGGAUCAGACUCAUCUUUGUCAUUAUUUCCAGGCAGCAGCAAAGAAGAGAUCUAGAAGGCACAUGGGUGAGACAGAUGAGUUUGUUGCAAACAACAGCGAGCCCAAUUUUUGGGAUAUGUCUGCAAUGUCGGCUGCAUACCAGAAAAUGACAAUGGCCUGCAAGAAUGUAAAGAAUGAGAUCUAUACUGAUAUUGAGAUCCAAAAUGAAGAUAUACUUCCCAGCUUUCUUGACCUUCCAAACCUGUCAGCGUCUAUAUAUAGCACUGAUCUCUGUAAUAGACUUCGAGCAUUUCUCGUUGCUUGUCCGCCCUCUGGCCCUUCACCAACAGUUGCAGAGCUCGUGAUUGCAACUGCAGACUUUCAACGUGAUCUUUCCAGCUGGAACAUUAGUCCUAUCCAAGGCGGUGUUGAUGCAAAAGAGUUGUUUCAUCUAUAUAUCAUGAUUUGGAUUCAAGAUAAACGCCUUUCAUUACUUGAGUCCUGCAAACUUGAUAAGGUAAAAUGGUCUGGAGUCAGGACACAGCAUUCAACAACUCCAUUCGUUGAUGAAAUGUACAAGAGGCUGAACGAAACCAUUCAAGACUAUCAAGUUAUCAUUUCCAGAUGGCCAGAAUAUAUCUUUGUUCUGGAGAGUGCCAUUGCUGAUGUUGAAAAGGCAACAGUGGAAGCUCUGGAGAAGCAGUAUGCAGAUGUCUUAUCACCUCUCAAAGAAAACUUGGCUCCAAAAAAACUAAGCUUCAAGUAUGUCCAAAAACUGACCAAAAGAUCUGUGAUUCCAUAUGUAGUCCCGGAUGAGCUGGGCAUUCUAUUAAACUCCAUGAAGAGGAUGCUUGAUGUUCUACGGCCUAAUAUAGAGGCUAAAUUUAAAGCAUGGUCUUCAUGCAUUCCUGAUGGUGGGAAUGCAGCUCCUGGUGAUCGUCUUUCUGAGGUGACAGUGAUGCUCAGAGCCAAGUUUCGUAGUUACCUUCAGGCUGUGGUCGAAAAACUUGUAGAAAAUAGCAAGCUACAAAAAACGACAAUGUUGAAGAAGAUUCUUCAGGACUCUAAAGAAAGUGUUGGAGAAUCAGACAUCAGAAGCAAAAUGAAUAACCUCAAGGAGCAGCUCACCAACACAGUGAAUCAUCUACACUCGGUUUGUGAGACGCAUGUCUUCAUCGCAUUGUCUAGAGGAUAUUGGGAUCGUAUGGGACAGAUUGUUUUAAGCUUUUUGGAGAACAGGAAAGAGAACAGAGCUUGGUACAAGGGUUCUAGAGUUGCUGUCUCGAUAUUAGACGAUACAUUUGCAGCACAGAUGCAACAGCUGCUUGGCAACUCGCUAAGAGAGCAAGACCUGGAGCCUCCGAGAUCGAUCAUGGAGGUCCGGUCGAUUCUUUGCAAGGACCCUGCAGAUAAUAAAGCCAAAUCGUUCUACUACUGAGCACCUUAACAGCUAAAAAUGCUUGAAAGAUUUCAGAUCUCAUUUGCUCGUCUGCUUGAAGCUUCAAGUAUUUUACUUGGUGGAGCAAAUCGUGGAAACCUUGAGAAAGCUUUAGAUGUAUAAGAAAGUACAAUGGGUACCACAUCUUUCUUUAGUGCUAAUCAAAUGUCAAUAUAUUACAAGACUGGCAUCACAUCUGAUACGAAUUGUAAUAAGAGUUGGAAGUCAAAGUUUUACUACAAAACUCUUUAUUAAAUUAGAAUGAACGUGACAGAGUAUUAAAUUAAAAACUUCAUGUAGAACAAUAUUUGGCAAAGCUGAUAAGAUCUCUAAACUCUUUAUCUGUUUGUCUUCCUCGUUAAAAACAUAGCAACUUUUGCACAAGUAAUUCUUGUAGUAUUAGUCUGUCAGCUACGUCAUAAGGCCGCUCGUAAGGGUAGCGUUUGUGACGUGAUGUUUGAACUGAACCAUCACAUAUGACGCAUUUACGCUCUCGAUAGGGUGGUUUGAUCAAGCGGAA